AUGGGGAAUAUGAAAAUGAGUGUCAUAGGAAAGUUCUGUUUUCUACUAGCUGUUGUGCCUUUAGGAGCAGCACAUGUAUACCCAAUUUAUCCCAAGAAUGAACAUACCGAGAUUUCCUCAUUAGUUGAACGAGACAUCAAGAGAAUUGGCAGGAAAUUACAAGCAGCUGUAAAGACUACUGUUUCUAAAGUUCAAGGCAGUGUUUAUCCAGAUGGGAUUUACUACAUGAGUGCAUGUAUUGGUAAUCCCGGCAAGGAAUAUUAUCUGGAUAUAGACACUGGCAGUGACUUAACAUGGCUUCAGUGUGAUGCCCCCUGCCGAAGUUGUGCCAAGACAUCCCAUCAAUUGUACAAAGUACAAACAAAAUCAGCUGUAUCGUGCAAGCAUCCUCUGUGUGAAUCUGUGCAGAAAGCGAGUUCUCAUCCAUAUGAAUGUAAGAGUCCUUCCCAGCAGUGCGAUUAUGAUAUUAAAUAUGCUGAUGGUGGGUUCACGAUGGGAGUUCUUAUUAGUGACAUUUUCACGACACAAGCUACAGAUGGUAUUUUGGGUCUGAGUGGCGGUAUAGCAAGUCUUUCAUAUCAAUGGGAAAAGCAAGGCCUCACUAAGAAUGUCAUAGGCAUCUGUAUUGCUGGAGGAGGGAACAAAGGGGGAUAUAUGUUCUUUGGUGAUGAUCAUGUGCCUACCUCAAUGACCUGGGUUCCUCUGCUUCGCGGGCCAGCAUUGAGACAGUACCAUUUGGGAUUCGCACAAAUGAUCUAUGACGGAAAACCUCUUGCAAAGGAUGGAGAUGAAAAAAGUCUAGGAGACAUAAUAUUCGACAGUGGCAGCACAUAUACAUACUUCACAGAAAAAGCUCACGGCGCUCUUGUCUCUGCAGUCGAAGAAAACUUUGCGAAUCAGUUGGUACGAGACCCAUCAGAUAAAACCCAGCCACUAUGUUGGCGAGGGAAAGAACCAUUCAGUUCCAUUACAGAUCCUAGGGUAACAUUAUACUUCAAACCAUUAGUAUUCAACUUCGAAAACGCAAAUGCAAAGUUAGAACUCACUCCAGAGGGUUAUUUGAUAAUCAGUAAACAAGGCAACGUCUGCUUAGGGAUACUUCAUGACACAGAUCUUCCCUCCUUAAACAUCAUUGGACACAUAUCUUUUCAGGGUUAUCUUGUGGUUCAUGACAAUGGCAACAACCGGAUUGGCUGGAUUCUUAAGAAUUGCACGAAGUUUCGAAGUUCUCCAUCUUAUCCUUUUCCUGAUAAUAACUCUACAGUAUAUAGAAUGAAUUGUAUAUUUCAAUGCUUCAUGUCUGGCCGCCGGCUCGAGGCUUUAGAAGAUCCCCAACAGUCACCUGAAAGAGAAAUGAUUCCAUUUGCUCAAGCUCUUGGGGAUGAGCAGAUUUUAGAAUAA